AUGAUCCAGAAGAAUCGUUACUGCACCAAGUUGCUCGCCCUCUUCUCCUCCUUCGCUUGCCUCGGGGGAGCAGUCAACGACAUACCUAUUACCGAAGGCACCAUCCCCUUCACGUACCAGGGAGAGACGUAUCAGACGUACUACAAGGUCGUCGGUGACCUUGCCACAGUAGACGGCUCCAACACUCCACUCGUCGUUCUUCACGGUGGACCGGGCCUAUCCCACGAUUACCUCCUCCCCAUCUCCGACCUCGCCAUCAAGGCAUCCAUCCCUAUCGUUUUCUAUGACCAGAUCGGAAACGCGAGAUCGACGCACCUGAGAGAUAAACCGUCCUCGUUCUGGACCAUCGACUUAUUCGUCGACGAGCUUGCGAACCUCAUCUCCUCUCUCUCUGUUCAAAACUCGUUCGCACUCCUGGGACAUUCUUGGGGUGGUGUUCUCGGCGCCGAGUUCGAGGUUCGCAGACAGCCAGAGGGACUCAGGUACCUCAUUCUAUCGGACUCGCUCGCUGCGUCGGAUCUGUGGAGCCAGUCCACUGCGAUGCUGGCGCGGUCCUUCCCGAAGGCCGUGCAGGAGGGUCUGGCGGCGGGCAUGACAAACAUGGAAGAAUUUCGCCCGGCAUUGGCGCAGUUCAAUGCAGUUCAUGGUUGUACUGUCAAACCAGUUCCCAAGGAGAUGACCUACUCCUUCAAUCAGAUAUUCGGACCGAAUGGCGAUCCCACUGUCGCUCGCGCCGAUAUAUUGCAGAACUGGACAAUUAUCGACCGCUUAGAUCUCGUGCGCACAUCCACGCUCGUGAUCAACGGUAGGAACGAUAUCGCACAGGAUUUCGUCGUUGCGCCGUUCUAUCAGAACAUCGCGGAGGUGAAGUGGAUUACCUUUGAGCAGUCGAGUCAUACACCAUUUUGGGAGGAGCGAGACCGUUACAUGCAGGUUGUUAGCAGCUUUUUGCGUCCGUAG